CGCUGCGUCAAACUCUCUCCUCAAAGAAGCCGUGUCAGCUCCUCUGUGCAGUUUGGAGCAGCUGCUGCUUCUUUAGAAGGAAAACAUUUAUCUGUACCGGAUCAGGACUCACAGACUUUGCUUCACCUGUUCUUCUCAUGGGGGAGAAUCUCCCGAUGUCGCCAGGAGGAGCUCGUCUGAGGAGACCUGUGCAAACCCUUAGGGCUAAGAUGGUUCUUCUGGGGAGCUCUGGAGUGGGCAAGUCAUGUUUGGCUCUGCGGUUUGGGAAGGAUGAGUUCAAGAGCACAUCGCCUACUGUUGGCUGUGCCUACCUGACCCGGAUGGUGUAUUUGAGUGACGUCAAUCUUCGCUUUGAGAUAUGGGACACGGCAGGGCAAGAAAAAUACCACAGUGUCACCCCUCUUUACUACAGAGGAGCCCACGCUGCCCUCCUGGUCUAUGAUAUCAGCAAGAGGGAAACGUUUCUCAGAGCUCAGGUGUGGCUCAGAGAGCUGGAGAAGCAGGUCAUCCCAGGAUCUAGUGUCCUGUGGCUGGUGGGCAACAAGGGGGAUCUGGCUGAGGAGAGGCAAGUCUCAGUGCAGGAAGGACAGGGGCUGGCCAGCGACAGGGGCUUGUACUUUUCAGAGACAUCUGCAUUGUCGGGGUUCCAGGUCAGCGAGUUGUUUGCAGCUAUAGCCCUCAGGGUGUACGAGUGUGUAGGCGCCCAGCAGGAGGGUCUGUCAGAGUGGAGGGAGACCCCGGUGGUGAAUCUGCGACGCGGGGACACGUUCGCUUCUUCUGCUUCCUGCUGCCGAGUCGGGCCCUAGAAGAGAGGAGGAGAAAAGAGGGAAAGAGACGGAGCUUUUCGGCCAAACCUCCCCACAGGUCUGAUUCCUCGGCCCGUGUACCAGGACGCAUCGAUGUUUGGAUCUGAACGACACAGCAGGAAAUAAAAAACAUGACUUUGCUGGUGAACA